CAAGAGAUGCAAAAGCUCCGUCUUAUACUGAUGGUUAGCAUCUUUGACAAGUUGGGCAUAGCGGCGUUCUUUCCGGGCCUUCGUUUCUUCCACGACUGUUUCGAAUGGGACCGACAGCUCAAGCAUCCAGGCCUUUUUGAGGACGGCAUUCCAAACAACAAUGUCUGGACGAAGGCAGGUACAGGUUAUAUCGACAGGAAAAUUGUAUACUGAUUCUGGUAGGUCGGCUACUAUGGAAAACUGUUGACUAAGAUGACGUUUUAGAAAGUCCACAAAUAGUCUCAGCGUAUUGUCGUGUCUCUGUUUGUACAAACCUCGAUCAAGUAGACUGGGACAUGCAUUUAGCACGUGGCACAGCGAUUGGGGUUGGUGACAGAGAGGACAUUGAUUGCACAAAAUUUUCUUCCACAACUGUAAGUUGGUUGCUGAUGGGAGGGUGUCCUGGAGCCCAUUUAUUGCCCAUUUGAACAAGUCAUCGGGUAGAGAUUUUAGGGACAAGGCAAAGUGCUCAGCUUCCACGUCCUUGAAUCGAGCCGCUUGACCUUGUACAGACAGGGAGGCACCCAGGCGAAGUAUCAAGAGUUGCCAAGAAACUGCCGGCACUAAAUCUGGUUGAUGACAACUCAGUCUCUCUUGAAAUCUUUAUAGUUGCCAGGGCUCUCAAGCAUUCGUCAUUUGAUUUAGUAAAUCGAAGCAGGUUGCAAGACUGUAGUCUCUUGAAAGAAUCUGACGGUUGGCCAAGUUGGAGGCCGCCGUUCUUGGUGUUAAGGAAAAGGCGAGAGACAGCUGCUGAAUGAGCAAGACCGACCCAUUUUUUUAAGAAUUUCGUGACUACACUGUCCAAUGAUUGCUCGAUCCAUGACAAAGGAAUAGAUGCAAUGCUCAGUAACCAUGAAAGCCGCAUCUAUCUAUCUAUCUAUCUAUCUAUCUAUCUAUCAUGAUUUGACACAACGCACUUUUUGUUCUAUCCUAGGCAUAAUGGCUGAUCCAUCUCUUUAUUGGAAACAGUGCUGUCUAUCAAUAAAAAGUGGAGGAUUCGGUUUAACGAUGUUGGAAGACAUCUCACCUGCAGCAUUCCUUGCAGCAUGGUCUAACACCUUUCAACAGCUUCCCAAACGGUUUCUCACUUUUUCGAGUUAUUCUCCAUCUUUUCUAGGGAAGGUUCUUACGAACCUCCCUCUAGGUCAUCAACUCACUGACUCUCAUAAGAAACUGCUAUCCAUCUUGGAAAGCGGCUGUGAUUACGCUCACUUAUCUCUAGAGGACUUGCUGACAGAACCUGACAAGCUACAGCACAGACUUACUUCAGCUAUUAAUCAAGGCAGAGAGGCAACUUUGCUAGCCUUGUCUAUCGAUGACCAGUGUUCUGCUCGUUUGAGAUCUGUUGCAGGAAAGGAAGCUGGAGCUUGGCUUCACGCAAUCCCAUCCGACGAUGAGCUCGCUAUUGAAACUCGCGAAUAUCGCUUAGCGGCUUAUUUACGCUUGGGCUUGCCUAUAUUUGGUCAAUGGGCAGUCACCUGUGAUUGUGGAGCUACAGUAGACGAAGGUGCAUACCACCUCUUGACAUGCAAGCGUCACGGUGGCCCAAUUUGGCAGCACGACUUCAUUGUCUCGGCCUGGUGCAGGUGUCUAAAUUCAGCUGAUGUUCUCCACAAGAAGGAAGUGCGCAACCUCUAUGUCGACAGCCUUGGUCGCCCGGAUAUUGUGACCUUUGACUCAGGUAGCUUGACCAAUGCUGAGAUAGAUGUCUCGCUAGCUCAUCCCUACAACAAGGAGGUGGUUAGCUCUAGUGCUAAAGUGACUGGCCAUGCCUCCCUUGUUCGAGAACAACACAAGAAAGAGAAGUACAAGCAAUUUCACCAUCCAGGAGGACAACGUCCAGAUGUCAUCCCCUUGGUACAUGAACAUUUUGGGAGAUGGGGCAAGGAAGCCAUUAACUUCCUCAAGUCCCUAGGGGACCGCUCCAAGGAUGAAUAUGGUCAAUACAACAAAAAGGAUUUUAUGUCAGUGUCUAGACGCCGGAUUAGCGUUGCACUUCAGAAAGGCAAUGCUAAAGUUAUUCUAAGGAAGCUGGAAAGACUAAUUUAUGCUUUUUCUUCGCUUGACCUUGCUUUCACAGACGUUCAGUCUUACGUUCAUUAGAAUAGACAGCAGUUUUCAUUAGUCUUUUGUGCUAGAGAAAGAAAUUAUUCAAUAAAAUCUAUCUAUCUAUCUAUCUAUCUA